AUGCUGUAUGCCAAGCCCCCACCCACCAUUAAGGGUAUAAAAGGAUCAUAGAGAAAGGAGAGCCUCAAACAGCACCUACGUCCACGUCUAGAAGUCACCUGCUCUCCCAUUACCUGUCCCAGCACCAUGUCUCUCACCUGCUGUCAGCCCAGCUUCAGCUGCCGCACCAGCUGCUCCUCCCGGCCCUGCGUGGCCCCCAGCUGCCACAGCUGCACCCUGCCCGGGGCCUGCAACAUCCCCGCCAAUGUGGGCAACUGCAACUGGUUCUGUGAAGGCUCCUUCAAUGGCAGCGAGAAGGAGACCAUGCAGUUCCUGAACGACCGCCUGGCCAGCUACCUGGAGAAGGUGCGUCGGCUGGAGCGGGAGAACGCGGAGCUGGAGAGCCUCAUCCAGCAGCGGUGCCAGGAGCAGGACCCCUUGGUGUGUGCCAACUACCAGUCCUACUUCCGGACCAUCGAGGAGCUCCAGCAGAAGAUUCUGUGUGCCAAAUCUGAGAAUGCCAGGAUAGUGACGAAGGUAGACAAUGCCAAGCUGGCCUCUGAUGACUUCAGAACCAAGUACGAGACGGAGCUGUCCCUGCGGCAGCUGGUGGAGUCGGACAUCAACAGCCUGCGCAGGGUCCUGGACGAGCUGACCCUGUGCAGGUCUGACCUGGAGGCCCAGGUGGAGUCCCUGAGGGAGGAGCUGCUCUGCCUCAAGAAGAACCACGAGGAGGAAGUCAACACCCUGCGCUGCCAGAUUGGAGACCGCCUCAACGUGGAGGUGGACGCUGCCCCCACCGUGGACCUGAACCAGGUGCUGAACGAGACCAGGAGCCAGUACGAGGCCCUGGUGGAGACCAACCGCAGGGAAGUGGAGGAAUGGUUCACCAGGCAGACCGAGGAGCUGAGCAAGCAGGUGGUGUCCAGCUCGGAGCAGCUGCAGUCCUGCCAGGCGGAGAUCAUCGAGCUGCGCCGCAUGGUCAACGCCCUGGAGAUCGAGCUGCAGGCCCAGCACAACCUGAGAAACUCUCUGGAAAACACGCUGACGGAGAGCGAGGCCCGCUACAGCUCCCAGCUGUCCCAGGUGCAGUGCAUGAUCACCAACGUGGAGUCCCAGCUGGCCGAGAUCCGCUGCGACCUGGAGCGGCAGAACCAGGAGUACCAGGUGCUGCUGGACGUGCGGGCCCGGCUGGAGUGCGAGAUCAACACGUACCGGGCGCUGCUGGAUGGGGAGGACUGCAAGCUCCCCUGCAACCCAUGUGCCACCACCAAUGCCAGUGGCAACCCCUGUGGACCCUGCGGCUGCUCUCAAAAGUGUGGCUGUAAUUGAAAACCUUAUAUCCUCUUUGAAGACAUCAACAAAACCAUUUAGAUCAAGCACAGGAAAAGUCCUCAGGUUCUGCCUUUGCUGGGGCCCAGCUGACAUCAAGAAACCACGUCAUGCCAACUGUGAUACUUCUAGACACUGAAAUACCUUCCCGGUCUAACAAGCAAAGACACAUAUCAUCAACUUCCAAUGUCUGGAACAUGCCUUCGGGUUGAGAGUUGAGCCUCUUUGUGAAAAUGUUCAGCUCGCUGUCAUCUGAGCUCCAGUUAUUAGUUUAGGGUGUUUCCUGUACCUACUGCAUUUCCUGCUUUCCUUUCUUCUUUGGCAUUCUCUGGAAUGCAAGGAGGUUACUUCAUUUACUUCCCAAUAAACUUUAUUUCUCUGGCAUAGUAAAUGUGCUUCUCAUCCAUA